CAGUGCCUGCGUCAUUCCUUUCAGCAGAUGGAGAUGAGGGGGAGGGUAACACAGAGUGAGAAAGGGGUGGAAGAAGAGGGAGCCAUAUGUCUACUCUGCAUCAGUGUCAACAUCACUGCCACGCGAGCCUUCGUCACCGGAAAACAACAAGGAAGAUCGUCACACAGGAGAGCUUAAAAGAACAAUCAUCAAUAGCAGCAGCAGCCGCAGCAGCGGCUCCUCCUUCACCAGACGUGCAUCCAAAAAUUGGGCAAGAAGCUUGAAAUUGAGCAUCUAAAUAUUGUCCUAGAAGCUCUUCUAGGCAUGACCUGAGGAAGCGGCAGCUAGUCAUCGAGCUCUCUUGCUCCAUCAACAUGGGUAACCAAGAGACAAAGCAAAAGAAAGCAGCAGCAGCAUCAAGCAACGGAAGCUACCCAUCGCUAGAUGAAGGAUGGAGAGAGGGAGGAGGGGACGUAAAAAAAGGAGGAAAGAAACUCCAUGGUAAACAUGGAGGUAAAGGAACAGGCAGUGCAGGAGGAAGGGGAGUGACGAACGGCACAGGACUAAAAAAUAAAAAUAAAUCAGAGUCCAAGUCUUCUGUUUUCUCCAUCCGGAAGCGAAAGGGUAACCUUAAAGGAAAAGGAGACGUGUGUUCAUCAGUGAAAGGCUCAAAAGAGGAUGUUUUAGCAUCUCAGCACGAUGAGCUGGACAGCACAAAAACACCUGAUCUGUCUGCAGAUGAGCUGGGGCAGUCAGACACUGAGGCUGCCUUUCCUGAGAAGAGAAAGAAGCAGGGGAAAAGGGAUGGAGAUGAGAGAGACGAGAAGCAUGAGAUGCAGCAGAAAGCAUCGACCGCAAACUCUCCUGCAGAAGAUGGAGGGCAGAAGGGAGGGAGCUCAGGAUCAGACACUGAUAUCUACAGUUUCCACUCAGCAGCUGACCAUGAGGAUUUGCUUGCGGAUAUCCAGCUCGCUAUAAGGCUCCAGCAACAGCAGCAUGGGGGGGUUACCUCAAUUGUGGAAACACAAGGAGGGGGAGGAAGGAAUCUAAUUUGGGGGGAAGGAAAGGAUAGGAGGAAACAGAGUAAUGGGGUAGUUAAAUUAACUCCUCCUGAGGUGCUUGACCUGACCCCAGAAUUAGAGCUGGGGUCUGAUGCCUUGUCAUUCCUGGAGGGAGGAUCUAUUAUUGGCUCUGUCAAGCAAAACGAGCGACUUCCCACACAGAAUAGCCCCUUCAACGCAGAGGUUAUUGAGAAGAAUGAGGACAGGCAUCUGGAGCUAAAGGGGCAGGGGCAAAGAGAAGCUGCUCUUUGUGUUUCCACAGGCACAAAAGACCAGCAUGCUUUGCUUCAGCAGUGCCCUCACACAGAUAUUUCCAUAGCUACUGAAGGGGGGGCAACAGUCUGCCCGGUGACCAUGACAACUGUUGGUAACAGUUUCCACGAUUUUACAUUUGACAGCACUGGGAAAAUCACAGGGGAAGAGGAGGGAGCAAGUGCUGAAACCCAGCAGGAGCACGAGAGGGAGCUUGAGAUGGAUGCUAAUCUCAGUCUUCCACUGCCAGACGACAACCAUAGAAGUCCUGAGCCACUAGAGGGACUGAGUUCAAGAACUGUAUUUGAAGAAGGUGAGAUUCACUUAGGCUCAGGUACCAGCGCUGAGUCUCUUGAGGACUGCUUGAGUGCUGACUCUGAACCCAGCCCCUCUACCAGCACCAAGGCUUCCCCCUCCAACCAGCAGUUUAGGAGGAGCAGCGCCUGCUUUAGCCCACUACUUCCUCAGGAGAGCCCCACAUUGGCCAAACGCCUCCUCAAGUCUGCCCACCCCGCCACCUGCUCUAGUCCUGUGGUGAAACCUUACCCUCCCAUCUUCCCGUCCUACAUCAAAACCACUACAAGACAGCUCAGUUCCCCAGGGCACUCACCAUCUCAUAGCCCCCUCUCCCCACGCAGAGCUCACCAUAACUUUCACAGGAUGAUGGCUGAAGGUUGGCAGGUGCGCAGAAAACGCUCCAGAAGCCUUGCUAGCCCUUUGAGUCGCUCAGCUGACUGGACAGAGGAACUAGACAGGCGAUUGAGAGGCAAGGAGGAAGAUGGAGGCGGCUCACUGAGCUCAGGAGAAUAUUUGGGGGGCCACACAGGAGGAGGCAGCCAGCCCAUCUGUGGAACGAGAAGAUUUUCAUGUGGACAAGUAUCUACUUGUGGUUUUCAGGAUGUCUUUACAGGUCGAACUCUUCUGGAGAAGCUGUUCUUGCAACAGCAAGCGGAUGAGCCAGAGGAGGCUGAGAGGCUCUGCUCUAGGAUCUUAGCAAUGGGCCUCCUGCUGCCAUUCACAGACUGCUUCAGAGAACAGCUGGAGGGAAGCACUACCCACAUCACCUCCACCGCAUCACCCAAGUUCGAUCACGACCAGCUUUACACAUGGGCAGCUGUCAACCAGCCACCACACUCUUUGGAUCUCUGUGAGGGGAAACAACCAAUUCAGAUUAAAGGCCCUUGGCCUCAAGCCAAACCAGGUGGAGAUAACAGGAAUGGACUUCAACCUGCACAAUCAGAGCUCCAUGCAGAUAUCAUGGGUUUGAGGCAGCAACAUGUAAACAAAGAGGAAGAAUGUGUUUUUCCUUCAAUAAAACUGAAGGAAAAACAUGUUAAUGUCAUCCAGCAACUGGAACAAACCAUAGAAGAUCUCAGGACUAAGAUUGCUGAGCUGGAGCGACUGCCCCCUCUGGUGGACAAGGACAGUAUGAAAGUCACCACCUCCACCACAGACAGGGAAUGUGGAGGAGAGGAGGACCUACUAAGGGGUGUGUGCGAUGCUCAUCUUCAGACUGAGGCCUUCUCUGUUGGAGGCUUGGAGGCAAAGUCUGUGCAGACAUCACCAAUGGAUGACAGUUCAAAGUUCAAAGUGCCUUGUAGUGAGCCAGACAGAGUCGACAGAUUCCUGGAGCCUCCCCCCAGUCAUGAUGGGUACCUGUGUUCGUGUCAGCUACAGCCUCCUGCUCCUCCACCCCCACUUCUAGGGGGAAGUGAAAGUGGAGUCUGCCCUCCCUAUUCAGGGCAGACUGUAGCACCUCCUCCUCCACCAUUACCAGAAAUAGUCCCACCUCCUCCACCUCCUCCACCCCCUCUUCCACCAGGUUUAGGAGUUCCUCCACCUCUCCCUGGUUGUCUGGCUCCACCCCCACCUCCUCCCUUACCUCCACCUCUCCCUCAUGGUCUUGCUGCACCCCCACCUCCUCCUCCUCCUCAUCCUGCCCUAGUCCCACCCCUUACUCGUGGCAUGGUUCCACCUCCUCCCCCUCCUCCUCCUCCAUUACCAGGAGUUAAAGGCCCACCUCCAACUGAAGCCUGUGUGCCUCCCCCUCCUCCUCCUCCUCCUCCUCCUCCAUUACCAGGAGUUAAAGGCCCACCUCCACCUCAAGCUUGUGUGCCUCCUCCUCCGCCUCCUCCACCUCCACCAGGAAACAUCUAUGUUCCCCCAGCUCUUCCAGGAGCUCUUGGCUCCCUGCCUCCUCCACUGCCACUGGGCUUAUAUUCUCUGGGUCUGACACAGGAGAAACCACCCAGAAAGGCCUUGUUAGAGCCACCAAGACCCAUGAAGCCUCUCUAUUGGACCAGGAUCCAGCUCCACACCAAGAAGGACAUGUCAUCUUCACUUGUGUGGGAAACAAUUGAGGAGCCCAACGUAGACUUUCAAGAGUUUGUGGAAUUGUUCUCGAAAACAGCCGUGAAGGAGAAGAAGCAGCCACUGUCUGACACCAUAACCAAAUCCAAGGCUAAACAGGUUGUUAAGCUCCUAAACAAUAAACGUUCUCAGGCUGUAGGAAUCCUCAUGUCCUCUCUGCACCUUGACAUGAAAGAUAUCCACCAUGCCAUCCUGAACUUGGACAACACUGUAGUUGACCUGGAGACCCUGCAGGCCCUGUAUGAAAAUAGAGCACAACAGGAAGAAUUGGACAAGAUCGAAAAGCACAUAAAGUCCACUAAAGACAAAGAGAAUGCCAAGCCCCUGGACAAACCAGAACAAUUUCUCUACCAGCUCACCUUGAUCCCAAAUUUCAACAGUAGAGUUUUCUGCAUCCUUUUCCAGUCCAGCUUUUGUGAGUGCAUGUCAUCUAUCACAAGAAAACUGGACACACUGCAGAGGGUAUGCAAGGUAAUACAGGACAGUGAAACAGUGAAGAAGAUUCUAGGUCUGAUUCUGGCCUUUGGUAACUUCAUGAAUGGUGGCAAUCGAACCAGAGGCCAAGCUGAUGGUUUCAGCCUUGACAUCCUGCCCAAACUUAAAGAUGUAAAAAGCAGU